ACUCAGUUACAACUCCCUCAGUUAUCUGGAAUUAGCUGGAACCUUCAAUCAUGAAGUACUUCAUUCUCUUGGCCCUGUUUGCUGCAGCCUAUGCUGCUCCCAUUGAGGAUGACAAGAUUGUUGGAGGCUACACAUGCAGGAAGAACUCUGUUCCCUACCAGGUCUCUCUGAAUAAUGGCUACCACUUCUGUGGAGGCUCCCUGAUCUCCAGCACCUGGGUGGUGUCUGCUGCUCACUGCUACAAGAGUCGUAUGCAGGUGCGUCUCGGUGAGCACAACAUUGCUGUCAAUGAGGGAACAGAGCAGUUCAUCAGCUCUGCCAAGGUCAUCCGUCACCCUUCAUACAACAGCUUCAAUCUGGACAAUGACAUCAUGCUGAUCAAACUGAAUAGGCCUGCAACCCUGAACAACUUCGUCUCACCUGUGUUCCUGCCCACCAGUUGUGCUUCAGGCGGCACCCGCUGCCUGAUCUCUGGAUGGGGAAACACCAGCGGCACUGGAAUGCACUACCCCGAUAAUCUGAGGUGCCUGGAUGCCCCCAUCCUGAACGACAGCAGAUGCCAGACGGCUUACCCCGGUCAGAUCACCUCUAACAUGUUCUGUGCUGGAUUCAUGGAGGGAGGCAAGGACUCUUGCCAGGGUGACUCCGGUGGCCCCGUGGUGUGCAAGGGUCAGCUGCAGGGUGUGGUGUCCUGGGGUUAUGGUUGUGCCCAGAAGAACAAACCUGGAGUUUAUACCAAGGUCUGCAACUACACCCGCUGGAUUCGCAACACCAUGUCCUCCAACGAAUGAAGUCACUUCAUCUGACAAAAAUGUGAAAAUAUAAUAAAAACAUUAUAAAAAGUCA